GGAAGUGACGCUACCGCCCGAGGGUUAGGCUGGAUUUCGUCAACAGGAUUGAGGGAAGGACGUGGGCAAGAAACUGUAUGGAGAUUGGCUGGAGGUACUUCCAGUGAGCUUCACGCCGUGACCCGGGAUCGUCUGGCGCCAAAAUGUCGCUUGUAGCGGGGGUUAUCCGGCGGCUGGACGAGACAGUGGUGAACCGCAUCGCGGCAGGGGAAGUUAUCCAGCGGCCGGCUAAUGCCAUCAAGGAAAUGAUUGAGAACUGUUUAGAUGCAAAAUCCACAAGUAUUCAAGUGGUUGUUAAAGAGGGAGGCCUGAAGUUGAUUCAGAUUCAAGACAAUGGCACUGGAAUCAGGAAAGAAGAUCUUGAGAUUGUGUGUGAGAGGUUCACCACAAGUAAACUGCAGUCCUUUGAGGAUUUAGCUCAUAUUUCUACCUAUGGCUUUCGGGGUGAGGCUUUGGCCAGCAUAAGCCACGUGGCUCACGUCACCAUUACAACCAAAACAGCUGACGGGAAGUGUGCAUUCAGAGCUCAUUACUCAGAUGGAAAGCUGAAAGCGCCUCCUAAACCGUGUGCAGGCAACCAAGGGACCCAGAUCACGGUGGAGGACCUUUUUUACAACAUAUCCACGAGGAGGAAAGCUUUAAAAAACCCAAGUGAAGAGUAUGGAAAAAUUUUGGAAGUUGUCGGCAGGUAUGCAAUACACAAUUCGGGCAUUGGUUUCUCAGUUAAAAAACAAGGUGAAACCGUAGCUGACGUCAGGACCCUGCCAGAUGCCACCACCGUGGACAACAUUCGCUCCAUCUUUGGAAAUGCUGUUAGCCGAGAAUUGAUAGAAGUUGGAUGUGAGGAUAAAACCCUUGCCUUCAAAAUGAAUGGCUACAUAUCCAAUGCAAACUAUUCAGUGAAGAAGUGCAUCUUCUUACUCUUCAUCAACCAUCGUCUGGUAGAGUCAGCUUCCUUAAGAAAAGCCAUAGAAACGGUGUAUGCAGCGUAUUUGCCCAAAAGCACACACCCGUUCCUGUACCUCAGUCUAGAAAUCAGCCCCCAGAAUGUGGACGUCAACGUGCACCCCACGAAGCACGAGGUUCACUUCCUGCACGAGGACAGCAUCCUGGAGCGGCUGCAGCAGCACAUCGAGAGCAGGCUCCUGGGCUCCAACGCCUCCAGGACCUACUUCACCCAGACUUUACUGCCAGGUCUUACUGGCCCGUCUGGGGAAGCAGUUAAAUCCACAGCGAGUGUGACCUCAUCAUCCACUGCCAGAAGUGGUGACAGAGUGUAUGCCCACCAGAUGGUCCGCACAGACUGCCGGGAACAGAAGCUCGAUGCCUUCCUGCAGCCUGUGAGCAGCGCCCUGUCCAGUCAGCCCCAGGCUGUCGUCCCGGAGCACAGGACAGACGCUUCGAGCAGCGGGACCAGGCAGCAGGACGAGGAGAUGCUUGAGCUCCCAGCUCCUGCUGCAGUGGCUGCGAAGAGUCAGGCCUUAGAGGACGAUGCAACAAUGAGGGCUGAAGACCUGGCCGAGAAGAGAGGGCCCUCUUCCAGCCCCGAGAACCCCAGAAAGAGACCUCGGGAAGACUCUGAUGUGGAAAUGGUGGAGGAUGCAUCCCGAAAGGAGAUGACAGCCGCUUGUACCCCCCGGAGAAGGAUCAUCAACCUUACCAGUGUUCUGAGUCUCCAGGAGGAGAUCAACGAGCGGGGCCAUGAGACUCUCCGGGAGAUGCUGCAUAACCACUCCUUUGUGGGCUGCGUGAAUCCUCAGUGGGCCUUGGCACAGCAUCAGACCAAGUUAUACCUUCUCAACACCACCAGACUUAGUGAAGAACUGUUCUACCAGAUUCUCGUUUAUGAUUUUGCCAAUUUUGGUGUUCUGAGGUUAUCGGAGCCAGCACCGCUCUUUGACCUGGCCAUGCUCGCCUUAGACAGUCCCGAGAGUGGCUGGACAGAGGAGGAUGGUCCCAAGGAAGGACUUGCUGAGUACAUUGUUGAGUUUCUGAAAAAGAAGGCUGAGAUGCUUGCAGACUACUUCUCUCUGGAGAUUGAUGAGGAAGGGAACCUGGUUGGAUUACCCCUUCUGAUCGACAACUAUGUGCCCCCGCUGGAGGGUCUGCCUAUCUUCAUCCUCCGACUGGCCACAGAGGUGAACUGGGAUGAAGAAAAGGAAUGUUUUGAAAGCCUCAGUAAAGAAUGUGCAAUGUUUUACUCCAUCCGGAAGCAGUACGUGUCUGCAGAGUCAACCCUUUCAGGCCAGCAGAGUGAAGUGCCUGGCUCCACUGCAAACCCCUGGAAGUGGACUGUGGAGCACGUCAUCUAUAAAGCCUUCCGCUCCCACCUGCUGCCUCCAAAACACUUCACAGAAGAUGGGAACAUCCUGCAGCUUGCUAACCUGCCUGAUCUGUACAAAGUCUUCGAGAGGUGCUGACUGUGGUCGUCUGGGGACUCUGGGAUGGUCUGUUCUUCCUUUUGUGUCCUGAUGUCGGUAGGUGGAACUUUGACCUCACGCACGCCUUCUCACUAGGAGCGCUGCUUCAUGUGUGGCAGACUGACUAUAAAUAAAUAGCCAAAUUUGUCCUGA